AUGUCUGACGAUGCUUCCCUUCGGAACUCUCCAUACUACAGCCCCAUGGACAACGAGUCGGAGCAGGGCUUAAAGAAGACCACUUCCAGAUGGAGCACGGCUAGGUAUCAUGUGUACAGCUUUCGCUAUCUCUUGGGGCUCAUGGCGAUAGGCACCUUGCAAAGCACGAUCUCUCCAAGCGUUCCAUACAUCGAGAACACGUUCUUCGCAGAAAAGUACGGCGGGGAUGAUUGCGAGGCCCAUCCGUCUUCGGAUCCAUGCCGAAAAGGUGCAACGGAUGCAGCUCAGAUCGGCAGCUUCACGGACGCGGCAGCGCAUGCAGCGGCUAUGUUCAUGGCUGUCUGCUUGGGAUCCUACAGUGACAGUCUGGGGCGAAGACCUAUGCUACGGGCAUAUGGUGCUGCUAUGAGUUCAAUGUCCCAGCAUAAGGAGUUCAAGUGCAACUUAGUCAGCUGGUAUACUCGCAUCAGCGAGACUCCAUCUGGUCAAUCUGUCGGCCUGAUCGUGGGGCAUUAUCCGGAGAAGGCUCAGUUGAGUGAUGCAGCGGCAUAUUUGGCGCUUAUCAUCGAUGAGGGCAAAGGCAAGACAACCGUCGUCGAGGCAAAUCCACCGGGAUUGACGGUGCUUAAGCGUGGGGCCGCCAUUGCCAAUGAACCAGAUGAUGCGUCGGAGCCGGAUUUCGAGGUCAGUGCUGGUAACGGCACACUGAUAAUGAAGCAGACAGGCACGCAGCAGCGGAUCUCCAUGUGGUUUCCUUCGCAAGGCUUCCGCUUCGAUGCGAAUCUCACGGACCCUGUCCCAUGGGGUUCGUCCGGGGAGUCGCCUGAAGGUUGGGCCGGAAGGCUGCCUUUCUUGGCUCUCCACUGGUUCGUGUACUCCCUGAGUUCUCAUGCCAGCUACCGGUUGGAGUCGCCACUGGGUGUCGUUCUCGGCCAUGGCCGGGCGCAUCAGGAGAAGAACUGGGGCCAAUCCUUUCCCAAAUCUUGGACUUGGGGAGAAGGACUUCAAGGUGAAAGCAAGAUCGCGUUCGCGGGCGGCACUGUGCCACUGGGACCCCUGAAGGAUCCGGCCGUCUUCUGGGUCUCGAACGAUGCCUGCCGGGGUCGCUUGAAUGUCACGGCCACGGCUCCAAAUCGGAUGCUUCGGAUCUCCGUCCAGGCAAGCGCGGAAGAGACGGACGGACUCUUCAAGGUGCAGGGUCCGACUAUGAGUGGUUUCAAGGCAGACUCCUUCGAGAGCUAUCGCGCGACGAUCACCGCGGAGGCAUUCUCAGGCAUCUUGCACGACAAGCUGGAGGAGAGGAUUGAAUUUAAACAGUCGGCCAUUGAGUUCGGAGGUGAGGCAUGGACGUGCCCAUCAACAUCAUCAACUUCGUCCCGAGAAGAGCCCAAGCUUAUGGCGCCUGCACCCCCUCGAGCAGCUGAGCCAAAGCAUCCGCGGCGAGUGCGCCAAGAGCUGCGCAGCCUCUCAGUCCAGCAACGUGACCGUGUGUUCAAUGCCAUGAACAUCAUGAAGAACAUGUCUACUCUGCAGGGCCAGGUGUCUUUCGGUCGCCGCUACGUCUCCUACGACGACUUGGUCGCGCAGCAUCUGCAAGCUGCAGCUGCAAGACACUGUGAUGAGGCACACUUAGGCCAGGGCUUCGCCACCUACCAUCGGGCCUUCACGCUCCGAUUUGAAGAAAGCCUUCUGGCAGUGGACCCAAGUAUUGGUGCUUUACCAUACUGGGACUACAACAUCGAGGCCCGGAGCAAAGAUCCUCGUCAGAGCGAGAUUUGGGAGUGGUUCGGAAGCAGCGAGGGUGACCCUGCCCAGGGCAAUGCAGUGAAGGACGGGAGGUUCGGGCACUGGCGAGUUGCCACAGCCAAAGAGAUCUCCAACUUAUCGAACUCCUUUGGUCUUUUGCGAAGCCCUUGGAAUGUGAACCCGUCGCCUUUCAUCACGCGACAUCGCUUCUCCUGUGGCUCGCAAACUCAUUUUGAAGCAAGCUUCUGGGAGCUGUGCCUGAAGGCACCUACCUACUUGGAGUGGUAUGCUUGCGUCGACCCAACAAUCCAUACCUGGGCUCACAGCUUCCUGGGAGGUAUUUGGGAUACAGAACGCAACGUUUCUCGAGUGGAGUGCUUCGCGACAAAUGCCAUUGGCAUCCCUGCUGCGUGGGGCGACGACUGCUUGCAGUGCCAGCAAAAUUGCACAGAGCCACAUGAGGCACAGCGCUCUUGCUCGUGUCAACGGUCCGGGGAGCUGCGCUGCUUGGCGGACAGGAUCCUGGCCCAUAAGGCACCGACAUAUGGGGACUUCGCCGAUGCCUGGACAUCCCCGAAUGACCCCAUCUUCUUCUUCCACCAUGCCAAUGUCGACAGGCACUUGAUGACCUGGCAGCAGAGACACCUGGAAAAGGCUCCCCACUUCGGAUUUCUUCAGCCCUCCCUACCAUGUAAGGGCCAUGGCCUGAAGGACAUCAUUGGAGCAGCUCAUCCUUUCGACGGCGCAUUACUGGGACUUGAGGAUGGCCGCCUGUUGACCAAUGAAGAGGUUCUGGCAGCCGAUGGGAUUCACUCAGGCCCAUAUACCUACGACACCCUUAAGCAAGCACAGGAGCGACCCCCCUCUUUGCGGAGUCGCCGCAGGGAGUGGUCUGGACAGGCUUUGGCUUCAGCAGUGAGGCACAUGCUUGUGCCGACUCUGGCACUCGCACUGCAUGUGUGUGGAGGCGUCACCCUCUGGCUGUACUUGAUCUUGAAGACCGUGGUCGAAGCCUUUGACAUCAAUGGCGUAUACUUGGCGAUGAUGAGCGACAUCAUCGAGGAUCCUCAGGAGAGGGCUGCAGCCUUCGGCACCUUCAUGGCGGCGGUGAUGGUGCUCUUCGUGGCAGGGAUGCCGUUGGGCUACGUGAUCCCUCGCGGAGUGGCACUGGCGAUUUCAGUUGCAGCUGGCAUGGCAAGGAUGGCCUAUCUCUUUGUCAUCUUCCCGGAGACCUCCAGGAAGGCGACGCAACAACAGUCGCCUGUGCAGAAGAAUCCGCUGCAGACAAUGGUCUCUGCCUGCUCCUUGCUGUCCAAGAAUGCCUUUGCGAAACGACUCGCCUGCGUUUUGGUGUGCUCGGGCAUUGGCACUGCCGGCUAUGGCGUCGCGCUUCCUCCGUUCAUGAUGGGCUAUUUGGGCUACACUCGCAGCAACAAGCUCGUGCUUAUGUGCGUUGCGGCUGUGUCCGCCCUUGUGGCUUUCGGCGUCCUCUUGGAGCCAUUGGUAAAAGUCCUCGGACAAGUGCGUACACUGCAGUUGUGCCUGGCCACCUCGGCUGCCGUGCCGCUGCUCACUGCGGUCUGCAAGGAUCAAUGGCAGCUGGGUGUGCUGACUCCAAUUCUGGUGUUCCCGAUCCUCAUGUCGAUACCUCUGGUUUCGGCAUUGAAGAGCGCUGUGGUCUCGUCUCGAGACCAAGGACUAGUUCAAGGUGCCGUGGCCUCCAUGACGAAGGGUGCGUCGACGGCCGGCUCCCUCAUUUUCGGCUCGGUCUUCGCCGCGACCACCGGUGGUGGAAAG